UCAUAUAUAUCUUCACACUUCUCUUAUGAUGUAUUUCUGAGUUUCAGAGGUGAAGACACCCGAAAAAACUUCACUGGCCAUCUUUAUUCCAGAUUAUGCCAUGAUGGAAUUAACACCUUCAUAGAUGAUGAGGAAUUGAGAAAGGGUAACGUGAUUUCAAGGGAACUAGAGAGAGCAAUUCAAGAGUCAAGGGUCUCUAUUGUUGUUUUCUCGAAAAAUUAUGCUUCGUCUAGUUGGUGUCUUGAAGAACUUGUCAAAAUUCUUGAAUGCAAAGAGAAGUUAAAGCAGAUGGUUUUACCUAUUUUCUAUGAUGUCCAUCCUUCUCAAGUACGGAAGCAAACAGGGUGCUUUGGUGAAGCUUUGGCAACGCACAAGGUACGUUUUGGAGCUCAAAAAAUAGAGAAGUGGACAUCUGCACUUACUGAAGCUGCAAAUUUAUCUGGAUGGGAUUUACAAAAUGUUGUUGAUGGGCAUGAAUCAAAAUUUAUUGGAAGUAUUAUACAACAAGUCCUACAAGAGGUGAACCAGACACCUCUAGAUGUUGCUUGGUACCCAGUUGGAGUAGAUUCUCGUGUCAAAGAUAUAGAAUUGUUAUUGCAAAGUGGAUGUGAAGAUGAAGUUCGCAUGAUUGACAUAUAUGGAGUUGGUGGAAUUGGAAAAACAACUCUAGCAAAAGCUAUCCACAACCAAAAGUUUCGACACUUUGCUAGUAGUUGCUUUCUUUCAAAUGUUAGAUCAGAAGCUGAAGCAUUUAAUGGUCUAGUCAAGUUACAAGAGAAACUUCUUCAUCAAAUCCUCAAAACUAAGGACGUCAGAGUUAGCAGUGUUGCUGAAGGCAUCAAUUUAAUUAGAGCAAAACUUCGUUCAAAAAAAAUUCUAAUUGUUCUUGAUGAUGUGGACCAUACAAGCCAAUUAGAAUCCUUAACAAGAGAAAGAAGAUGGUUUGGUUUGGGUAGUUUGAUAAUUAUAACAACCCGAGAUGAGCAUUUGCUAUGUGACCUUGGAGCAAAUGAGAGAUAUGAGGCCAAACUAUUAAAUGACAAUGAAGCUAUGCAAAUUUUUAGUUGUCAUGCUUUUAAUAGUCCUUCUCCACCACAUGAUUAUGUUAAUUUGGCACAAGACAUAAUCAAAUAUUCAGGUGGGCUCCCAUUAGCGCUUGUGACAUUGGGGUCACAUUUGCGAGGGAGAUCCAUAGAAGAAUGGAGAUACGAAUUCAAGAAACUAAGAGCAAUUCCUCACAGUGAUAUUCAAAAGAUUCUCAAGGUUAGCUUUGAUGGACUUGAUGGUGAUACUCAGUGUGUUUUCCUUGAUAUCGCAUGCGCCUUCCAUGGGUUUCCUGAGGAUGAAGUUACCAAGACAUUAAAUGCAUGUAGUUUUUAUUCUGAAAGUGCAAUCGCAACCUUAGUCCAAAAACAGUUGCUCCAAAGGGAAGGACGUUGUUUAGUGAUGCAUGAUCUAGUGCGGGAUAUGGGAAGAGAAAUCGUUCGCAUGGAAUCACCUCGAGACCCUGGCAGACGGAGUAGAUUGUUCAGCCCUCAAGAAGUCCGCUAUAUUCUACAAGGACAUAAAGGUUCCGAAAAUGUAGAAAUAUUGAUCGUUGAUCCACGGGUGUUAAAGGGCGUGAACUUGAGCACCAAAGCAUUUAAGAAAAUGAAAAAUCUUAGGGUACUUAAAAUCAACGAAUUAGAUAUUGGUGGGGAUUUUGACCUGUUGUCCAAGGAGCUCAGAUGGUUGUCUUGGCAAAAACGUCCUUUAAGAUCUAUAUCAUCAAAUUUUCCAGCUGAGAAUCUUGUGGUUUAAUUUAGAUAUGCAAGGGAGUAAUAUCCAAGAAUUUGGUUUGAAUUUGCAGGUUUGUUACUCAAUUUUACAGUUUCAUGUAUACUGUUAU